CGUUGAUGAUAUUUUUUUUCAUCCAUUUAAUUCGCAGCAAAAUAUUUUUGUGUCGUGUUUCCUAAAAAAAUAUCGCCAAUAUCCUCUAAAACCUCCUCUAAUUCCAUUUGCCACAGUUAUUAUGCUUUUGUGUUGAAAAGUGCGUUGACUGUUCCCGAAAAGUGGUGUAUUUUAGCACAAAAUACGGAAAUUGCUUUAACUUAACAACUGCAGACAACCAGACAGCAAUCAUGGCUCGUGAAUAUGAUCAUUUAUUUAAGCUCCUCAUCAUCGGAGACAGUGGAGUGGGUAAAUCCUCACUUUUGAUCCGGUUUUCGGACAACACUUUUUCUGGCAGUUAUAUAACAACCAUCGGAGUGGAUUUCAAAAUUCGAACCGUCGUUAUCAACGGAGAGCGCGUAAAGCUGCAAAUAUGGGACACCGCUGGGCAGGAACGGUUCAGAACCAUAACUAACACAUAUUACCGUGGAACGCAUGGAGUUAUUGUGGUUUACGAUGUCACAAACGGGGAAUCAUUCGCUAAUGUGAAACGAUGGUUACAAGAGAUUGAGUCCAACUGUGAUGUGGUGAAUAAAGUUCUAGUUGGGAAUAAAAACGAUGACCCUAAUAGGAAAGUUGUUAUUACCGAGGAUAGUGAUAGAUUUGCAAAGCAGAUGGACAUUCAACUGUUUGAAACUUCAGCCAAAGAUAACCUGAACGUGGAAGAGAUGUUUUUAGCCAUUACGGAGCAAGUUCUACGGCACAAAAAGCAAACACAAAAACAGACGGAUCAGAACAACGACACGGUGAAUCUACGCAAGGGCGGAAACAUCAAGAAAAAGAACAAAUGUUGCUAGUAGCGCAUAUCGUUUUAAUGAUUCCCAUCUGAGCUUGCUUUUAUCUGGUCGACACCAGGAGAAUAACAGAACGAGAGUAAACGCAAACAUUUACUUUGUAACGACCGGUUUCCCAAAUUAUUUAUACAAAAAAACUAUAUAUAACAGUGAUGACAGUAGCAAAUAGAUGCCACCAUUUUUAAAAUACACAUUAUUAUAUUGUGGUGGAGGAUAACCCACAUCCAA